CAUGUGGCUGCAAAAGUGAAUAUUCUCUUGGAUUUGGAUGUAAUGCUCUCACUGGACAAUGUGAAUGUCUUCAGGGAGUGGUGGGAGAAAAAUGUGACCAAUGUCCACAUAGAUGGGCAUUUGUUCCAGAUUUCGGCUGUCAUCAGUGUGACAACUGUCACCAUGCCCUCUUGGAUGAUACAGAUCAACUUUCUAUUAUAAUUGACCCAGUGAUAUUUGAUUUUGAUUCAACCCAAUCCGGUUACUUUACAAGAAGGAGGUUGCAAAAUAUGCAGGAAGAAAUAGAAAAACUGAGGCCCAUUUUCGAUGAAGUGAAUCCAAACCAUAUUGACCUGAAUGCCACAUUACUGGAAUUAGAAAGUUUGGAACAAGACUCUAGGAAUCUCAAUAGAAAGUCAAAUUAUUCUCUGGAAAAUAGCGAGUCUCUCAAAAACCAGUCUGAGAGGUUAAAAGAUAAAAUUGAGAUCCUGCUUGACGAGAUUUCUCAAGUUGAAGAGGAUGCUAUUAGAACAGCUGAGAACAUAGAGAAAAUAUUCACAGAUUUGCAUCACGAGGCAGGAAAAGAAGUCGAUAAAGCUCUGAAAGAGGGUCAAGCAAUAUUUGACAUCAUGAAUGAAUAUGACUUAACUCCCAGAGAAAUCAUCGCCGAUAAAACAAUGAUUAGUGUCAAUGAAAUCUGGAAAAAUGUUACCGAAUAUAAACGUCCUGUUGAAAAUCUGCAGAAUGAAUCACAAAAAAUUGAAAAGGAUUUGAACUUCUUUUACAAAAAGUUAGACGAUUUGUAUAAUCAUACCCAAUAUUCUUUGAAUAUGGCUACAGAAGCUGAAAAUAUUUUAUCGAAGAGUGGGAAACAUCGACUGAAAAAUAAGUUGGAUGAUAUUCAACAGAAAGUUACUCAAUCUGAGGCCAAUUUAGACGAAUCAGAAAUAUUACUCAACAACGCGUCAAAAAUGAUUGACUCGUCAAUUGGAAAAUUGAAAGACCUGCAAGACGCUCCUGAAACUUUGGAAACUCUAAAUAACAAUUUCAGAAGUCAAUUAGAGAACAAUAGAGAUGAAAUAAUCAAGAUCGAAGAACUGAAACCACGAGUACAAGAUCAUGCAUCGAAUUUGUCUGAAAGGGUGCAGCAGCUGGAACAUAUUCUGUCUGAAUCACAAUUUGGUUCAAACGAUGCUGUCAAAGCAGCAAGGGCAUAUAAAGAUAUUGUAGCAGCAGUGGAAAGCGCUAGAAAAGCUGCAGAUAGUGCUCAAAUUGAUACAAAUGAAGCGGCUGACAUUCUGAGUAAUAUUCAAGAAAGAACUAAUGAUGCCGAUACAAACUCUGCCAAAGCAUUAGAUGACGCUUAUGAAUCCAAAGAAUCUACGUACAAAGAACUGGAACCCAAGUUGGCGAAUGCUCUUUCGGAAUAUACACCUAUAAAAACAACGCAUGAUGAGAAUGACCAGGUGCUCAAAGAAAUCGAAAAAAUCUUGGAACAUAUACAAAUCAAAGAUUUGGGUAAUGCAUAUAAGGAAGCCUCAAAUAAUGCAGAAAAGGCUUUGUUCUCUAUGUCGGAAGUGAAGACAUUAGUUGAUGAUUCAUUCAAAACGUUGCCACAGGAAACUAAAGAAGCUGAGUUACUUCCCAAACAGUUGGAUGACAUGAAACGUAGCCUUAUUCAAACAGAAAAACAAAUCAAUGCUGUCAACGAAAAACUUCCACCAGUUAUAAAGAGUCUCGACGAUUUACCAGAAAGGCAAAAUUCUUACAAAGCAAAAUCAGAUGUUAUAAAGUCAAAUAUUAAAAAACUGAUGCAGCAGAUUGAACUUGCUAGAGAUUCGGCAAACAAAAUCAAAGUUGGUGUAAAGUUUCAACCCAGUACCACUCUGGAACUCAGAAACCCGAAAAAUAUUGAAAAAUUGAGUACAUCUACGAAAUUCUCAGGUUAUUUCAAAACUGAUCAGCCAAAUGGUCUUGUCUUUUACAUUGGAAAUCCAAAUGGUACCAACUUACCAAAAACAAAAUCGGAUGAUUACAUGGCUCUUAUAAUACAAAAUGGUUAUCCUGUUCUCAAGUUAAAUAUUGGUAAUGGCAAUGAGCAAAUAAUCAAUCCAAAAUACGUGUCUGAUAAUAACUGGUAUCAGUAUAUCAUCGAAAGGGUAGGAUUCAAUGCGAAAUUAUCAAUACGUGAAGAACUCUCAGAUGGUACUGAGAACACAAUUGAAAAAGAAAAAACCCUUGCCGGUCCAUAUACAAUGUUCAAUCUUGAUGAAAAUAAAUCCAAAAUAUUUGUGGGAAGUUUCCCGAAUAAUUACGAAAUGCAAGAAGGUAUUGAUUUCAGCUCUUUCAGUGGCGAAAUAGAAGAUUUGGUGAUAGGAAAUACACCUAUGUCACUUUGGAAUUUCAACUACGGAUAUAGUGACCGAGAUAAGUUGGUGAAUUUAGCUCCUAGUACCGGAUAUAGAUUCGGUGGAAACGGAUAUGCUAUAUUAGAUGCUAGAUCACUCCAGUUUAGGUCUAAGUCCACAAUUCAAAUGAAUUUCAAAACAUUUGCACCCACUGGCCUUCUAUUUUUGGCUGGUAAAGGCAAAACAUCCACUUCUCUAGAAUUGCGUGAUGGAAAAGUCGUCUAUCAGUAUAAUUUGGGAGACACCACGAAGAAAUGGGUUACUACUGGCAAUUACAAUGAUGGAAUGUGGCACAAAAUCACUGCAUCAAGAGACGGACCCAGAGGAAAACUACUGGUGGACAAUGAGGAUGUCAUUGAUAGAACAGUUCCAAUUACUGGAACUUCUCUUGAAUUUAUCGAUACAAUAUCAUUUGGCGGUUACCCUAAUAAACAUAAUUAUAAGGAUGUUACUGAAGUGAGAUUCGAUGGGUGUAUCAAUAAUGUUACCAUAAUGGGCGAACCUGUUGAUUUAAGAAACAACAUAAAGGCUUUCGAUGUCACUCCUGGUUGCCCUGAUAAGGUAGCAUCCAUGGUUUCAUUUGGAAAAGAUGGUCAUCAUUAUGUUGGCUGGGAUAGGAUGUCACUAACCAAUGAAUUCAACAUUAGUCUCAAAUUUAGGACGAGUGAACAAAAUGGUCUUCUAUUUUAUAUUACUGACCAACAACAAGAGAAUAGUAUAUCAUUGUCAUUGAAAGAUGGUCACCUUGUGCUUGUGGAUCAAAAAAUUGAACUGAUAUCCUUAGAUAGAUUCAAUGAUAGCAAAUGGCAUGUCGUUUCUGUAAUCCACAAUAAAAAUAAUUUGAGAAUGGAUACGGAUGAUGAUGGUUUCAGAGUUACUGACGACGAACCUCCCUUCAUUCACGCCCUGCAAGCAAAUUUAUAUGUGGGUGGUUUGCCUCAAAGACUGAUCCCAAAACCUAAAAGGAUAGCAUCUGUGGUACCUUUAUAUGGUUGUAUAGCUGACUUGACUGUGAACGGAAAAGUGAAGAAUUUUGCAAACACUACUGACAGAUAUUCAGAAAUAUUAGACAAAUGCAUUUUUGAUGACACAUCCUUGGACUUUGAUCAUCCUUUGCCAGAAUUGAAACCAUUAGAACGCAUACCUACUUUUACUACUGAGUCACCUGAAGAAUUUACGGAAGAUCCAAAUAAACAAUACGCUACUAUUAGAGGAGAUGGUGGAAAUGACUUUGCGGUACGUACUCCAUCCCCUCCUCCUCAUGAAGAUAUACCCAAGGAGAAAGAAAGACCGGCAGAGAAAACACCCAAAGUAAUAGAAAAACCAGAAGUAGAGAACGAACCAGUUACUGAAAUUGUUACGCAACCUGCAACUGUCAAAAUUCCAAGAGGGCCGGUUGGUACAGUUCCAAUAACAAUUGAACCACCAGUUACAGAUGGAUGUGCUUUACCUUUGAACCCUAUCCAAGAAAGUGUUCAUAUUGUUGGUUAUAGAUUUGGUACACAUCAAGAGAGCAGACUAGAAUUUAAUACACCAAGAGGAAAGUACAAAAAGAAUUUCGAUUUUAGAUUUGAAUUCAGAACCAAGGAAACUGAGGGUAUCCUCUUUUAUGUUUCGGAUUCAAAGGAUCAUAAACAUUACGCUUCCGUUUAUUUGAUGGCCGGUCACGUCGUAUUUACAUUCAAAGGGGACUAUGACGCUUUGGUGAUAAAGUCACAUGAAAAAUACAAUGACGAUAAAUGGCAUUUACUAGAGUUCACUCGCGAAGGCAAUAGUGGUAAAUUGUCAAUUGAUGAAGAAGAUUAUUCUUCUGGAACAACAGAUGGUAAAACUAUAAGUUUGGAUCUUCAUAUACCAUUUUACGUUGGUGGCCUCAAUCCUGAUCACUACAAUGUGGUUCAGGCAAAUCUGAAUACCACAACUUCAUUCAUUGGAUGCAUCAGAAGUAUGUCCAUGAAUAAUAAACCUCUUGAGCAAUCGGCCGAGUACGGUGUGAUUCCAUGUUCUGAUAAUGUAGAAGUUGGAACAUUCUUUGCAGGAGAUGCUCAAAGUUAUAUGAAACUCAAAGAUAAAUUCAGAGUUGGCGAGGUGUUCAGUAUAAAAAUGGACAUUAAACCAAGAGCAAAUUCUGGAGUGUUAGUAUCCGCUCAUGGCAAGAAAGAUUAUUAUGUUUUGGAGCUAGUUAAUGGAACACUGAAAUUGCAUGUAGAGAAUGGACGAGGGGUGGUAUCAGCCAGUUUUCACCCUCCCAACAGCAAUGUCUUCCAUCUUUGUGAUGGAGAAUGGCAUAACAUUCAAGCUGUCAAAUCAAGAAAUGUUGUGACUUUAUCUGUAGACAAUAUUUUCACCGGACCUAGAGUUGGCCCUACGCAUUCAACAUCAACAGAUACAGGAAGUGCUCUCUUUUUGGGCGGUCAUCGAUAUAUUAAAAAAGUGAGAGGAAUUCACUCCAGACUGCCUUUCAUUGGAUGUGUGAAAAAUGUUGAGAUAAAUAAUGAACCAUUCGAGUUAUUAUCUCACAUGAUUCAUGGAAAUGUAACCAUUGGAUUUUGUCCAAACAACUGAUAACUAUUGAGACAGUGUGUUUUAACAGACUAUAUUAAAUAUAAUCUUAAGUCAAUCUCA